AUGAGCAGUAUCGCCCGGAUCCAAGCCACCGUCGACCGUCUGAAUGAAGAGAGCAAUGGGAGUAUCCAAAGAUAUGGGUUCGAGUUUGACGAGGCCCGCAUAGAGUCCUUCCUGCGACACCGGUCGGUCGAUGAGACGAUCGCGGACCUGACGCGACUGGCUGAGUGGCAGAUCGGAGUAAACCAGCAGAAUCACGACGGCGUAUCGUUGACGCCGGUGCUGAUGGACUUCCUCGCGGAACCGGGGAACAUCGAGGAGAAGCUGGCCGAGCUUGACCGUCUUCAGAAGAACACCCGAAUGGGGCACUUCGAUCCAUGCAACGAGAUCGAGCGUGAUUUGGAGUUCCACCGGUACAACUGGGCCUACCAUGAUGUCAUUGAGCCCGACUUCGACCCCUCUGCGGGCGGCGCCAUAUGA